UGGCCACAGAGUGACAUGACUUGUCUUAAAGGGGUCAAAUGAUGUGAUUUCAAGUUUUCCUUUCUCUUUGGAAUGUUACAAGCUGAUUGUGCAUAGAUAAGACCCCUGAAGUUGCCAAGACUGAAGUAUCAAAACCAAAGAGAUAUUCUUUAUCAGAGUUAAGACUCUGCCACGCCCCCCUAAAAACGGCUCAUUCAAACACGCCCCAUAUAUCUACGUCACUAUGUGGAAAUAUCUGCGUAAUGCCGUCCAAAUGUUUACGCAAAGAUGAAGGUGUGGUUUCAGUAACUGCAGUUAGUGCUGAAGUGGCCAUGUCAGGGAGAUGCUGUGUGUAUCUAGGUGAAAGCAAAAUCACUUCAUUUGGCUUUCUGAAAAUAGAUGCAUUUAGGAAUCUUUAAGAUUACUUACAACAGAGCAGCAAUGCAUUUUAUGGAUGACCUUUACAUGAACCUUGGAGAGGAGGUAAUUCUGGCUUUGCUACAACAAUCUGGUGCUUCUGAAUCACCUAUUGUAAGUAGUCUAUGUUUUGUUAUUAGUUAAAGUAUUUGCUAUUGACUGUUCAAAUGCAGACUUUUGCACGUCCUGUGUGUAUGUGUGCACACUAGUCUGUCAGCGAGAGACAGACAGGGUCACACAGUGGAGUGAGCUGUCUUAGCUGGCUUGUAUACUGCAAACACAUAAAAUUUAAAAAUUAUUAUUAAAAAUAUAUUGCGGAUGUGGUAUUUAGGCAGAAAUAUACAAUAAAAAUAAAAGCUUACGUUGCAUACAGUCUUUGUCCACCAGGGGGCAUUGAACUAAAGUGGGACUGUGGUGCUGAGGUUGAUUUCCGCUUCUGGCUUGAUACACUGGGCGGGUCUAUAAACAGACGCUGAGGAUGCUUGAGGAUUCAUUAUCAACGAUCUUGACUUUUUACAGAUAUAACGACAUCACGGUGUUUUAUUUUAAUGUAUAAGCAACGCUACAACUGGGUUUCAGAGGAAUCUGUCCGAGGGUGGAAAAAAGGACAUUGGAAAUAGUCGUCUUUUUCUGACAAAACUCAAACAAUUGCCAGUAUACAGCGAUACCAACCAGCUAACGUACUGUCGUUUUAACAUCAAGCCAUUCUGACAGCGUUAUCUUGUUAUUUGAUGUUUUUUUUUUUGGGUCAUUUCUAACAGUGGAUUCUUAAAACGUAACAAUUGCUCUGACUUCAUUUGUGUUUAUUAUUUUUCUCUGACAUCCGCAGGAUAAUGAACUAAACUGUUUCCCACGCAUUACACAUUAAUGAUUUCCUUUGGAAUGACAGCGACGCGAUAAUUUCUUUGUCACGCCUGAAAGACAAAGAAGCAUCAGAACUGUUGUUAUAACAGAGAAACAGCUGGCAACUAGAUGUUUUUGUCUCUUGUCGUUUAUCUCAGCAAGUUUUGCCGUUAUUUCUCCAUGUUUAGCACUGACAGACUCACGGUUCCUGAAUAUGUCAGUAAUCGGCUACACAAGCGGAGGACGAGCUCCGGCCCUAGAGCUGUGUCUCCGGGGAUCAGCACCGACGUCCAGGCCGUGUUGGACAGCUCUCUUCCCGCGCUGCGCUCCGCCAUCCAAACACUCAAGUCUUCAAAAGACACUGGAGAUUUGGAGGAGACCCGUCUGGCCAUUGCUGAGACUUUCCAGCUCGUCAAGGAGGCCUGGGUCCUGCCCACAGUGGGCCGACAGGUAGCGGAGGAGAUCUGCAACAGGAUCCGGCUGGAUGGGGGUCUGGAGCUGCUGUUGCUGCUGCUGCAGACACCGCCUGAAGAAAUCACAUACGAGUCUGCCAAGCUCCUAGAGCAGAUUUUGGUCUCAGAAAACAGGGACUAUGUGGCACGUAUGGGGCUUGGGGUCAUCCUGAACCUGACCCGUGAGCAGGAGGAUGCCCAGCUGGCAAGGAGCGUGUCGGGCAUCCUUGAGCACAUGUUUAAACACACAGAGGAGACAUCUGCGCAGCUCAUCACUAACGGAGCACUGGACAGCCUCCUGUACUGGUGCCGUGGAACAGACCCAACUGUACUUCGGCACUGCGCCGUUGCCCUGGCAAAUUGCGCCAUGUACGGUGGGCACCGCUGCCAGAAGCUGAUGAUCGAAAAACAGGCAGCCGAAUGGCUGUUCCCACUGGCGUUCUCCAAAGAAGAUGAGCUGAUCCGGUUUCAUGCAUGCCUGGCCGUGGCUGUGCUGGCGGCUAAUAGGGAGAUAGAGAAAGAAGUGGUCAAGUCUGGUACACUGGAGCUGGUGGAGCCCUUCAUUGCCUCGUUGGACCCUGAAGAGUUUGCACGCAACUUGUCGGACAGCGCAGACAGCAUGCAGGGCCGUACGGCUGCAGACCUGCAGCACUUACUGCCCCUGCUGGAUGGCACACGUCUGGAGGGGAAAUGCAUCGCUGCGUUCUAUCUGUGUGUGGAGACUAGUAUCAAGUCCCGUCAACGUAAUACCAAGAUAUUUCAGGAGAUUGGAGCUGUUCAGAGCCUGAAGAGAAUUGUCAUGUACUCCAGUAAUGGAACCGUCUGCUCUCUGGCUAAGAGGGCCUUAACAAUGAUGAGCGAGGACGUCCCGAGGCGUAUCCUUUCAUCUGUACCCAACUGGAAGAGCGGAGAGGUACAGACCUGGCUGCAGCAGAUUGGCUUCAGUACAUUCAUUGAACGGUUUCAGGAACUGCAGGUGGAUGGAGAUCUACUGCUCAAUAUCACAGAACAGGAUCUGAUCCAGGAUCUGGGCAUGACUUCUGGGCUCACUCGCAAGAGGUUUCUUCGAGAUCUGCGUGUUCUGAAAACCUAUGCAAACUACUCCACAUGUGACCCCAAUAACCUGGCAGACUGGCUAGCUGAUAUAGACCCACGAUUCCGUCAGUACACCUAUGGCUUGGUUCAGUCAGGAGUUGACCGGAACAAUAUAAUCCACAUUACAGAGCAACAGUUGCUGUCUGACUGCAAUGUAGAGAAUGGAAUCCACCGUGCAAAGAUCCUUUCUUCUGUCCGCCGCCCCGCUAAACCCUGCUUAACCGAUUCCCAACCCGCGGGCCCUGAUGUGUUCAUCAGCUACCGUCGCACUACAGGUUCACAGCUUGCCAGCCUACUGAAGGUGCAUCUACAAUUGCGUGGUUUCAGCGUCUUCAUCGACGUGGAGAAACUGGAAGCUGGCAGGUUUGAGGAGAAACUGAUCACGAGUGUACAGCGAGCACGCAACUUCAUUUUGGUGCUGUCAGCCAACGCGCUGGACAAAUGCAUGGGCGACGUGGCUAUGAAAGACUGGGUUCAUAAGGAGAUUGUCACCGCCCUGAGUGGGAAGAAGAACAUUGUUCCUGUCACUGAUAACUUUGUGUGGCCUGAUCCGGCCUCUCUGCCAGAGGACAUGAGUAGCAUUCUCAAAUUUAAUGGCAUUAAGUGGUCCCAUGAGUAUCAAGAUGCCACUAUUGAAAAGAUUCUACGAUUCCUCAAGGGAUGCCCAAGCCAAGAGCAACCAGACGGAGCCAAAACAGACAAAAAAGAGCCACAAAAGAAAUAAUACAUACAUCUGACCAAUAAAACCCCC